GAGAGUGUUACGAUAUACCGGAAGGCGUCUCUAUUGCUAAUGAGACAUCGCCUCUGUUUUACUGACAAAAAGUGCUCAGUCUAGCACUCAGCUCGAGGCAGAAAUACUAGCUUCAUUCAAAAGAUGAUCUCUUACCGGCAUGAAUUAAGUCAAACGGGAACCGCACGCGGCGGUCGUCACUCACUUGUAGUUUCCUCAGCGUUGGCUCGUGAACUCGAAAGGGAUAUUGAGGAUCAUCGCAGGCAAGUUUACCUCGAGCGUUCUGGUACUACCGCCCCGAAAAGGGUAUGGCACCCCGCGCUGUACAAGACCCAAGACGUGAUCCUGAAUUUUGUACACUCUCCCCUAAAAUCUGUUGAAUUAUUUAUGCGUGAACUUGACCAAUACAGGCCAGCUAAGAAGAGACGCUCCAUGACGGCCGGUAUUGCCCAGCAACUCAAGUUCCUCUUCAAAACCCGCUAUUAAGGUAGAGGAUAUUUUCAAUAAAAUAUAACAAAUGUAAA